AUGGCAGACUGGAAGUCGCAGAUAAGUUACAACUACAACCCCUCUUAUCACGCCUACGCCUACGGCCUCGUGUACCAACCCGGGCCCGAGCAAAACCACGGGAACCUGAGCAGCUGGGGCGAAACCGGAGUCACGGAUUUGAGCAACUACAACGCCGGGGUGACACAGGCCUACUACGCCACCACCGCCAGGGCCCGAGAGGAGUCCCCGCCGGGCAGCCCGGAGCAGCAUGCCGCUCCCGGUCACUGUCACUACCAGGGCUCCGGGGUGGUCUACCUCGGUGACACCCAGGCCGGCCGUCUGCUGCUGUCCGGACAACACCGGGCUGCCUACGACGCACGGACACACGAGGCGAGGCGGGCCGGGAGCGACUCAACCAGCGACUCCGAGGCGCACACCUCCCCCGAUUCAUGGAGCUCUGGCAGCAGCAGAGAAGGUAAUCUCCCCCAGGCCGACCCGGCUACUUGGGCGAAGCAAGAUCUCGACGAUGAGGCAACCAGCAGAAGCCCUGACGCAGGCGAGGACGUUCCCAGCUCUCUCAAGGAAGAGCCAAUGCCCUUUAUGGUCACAGGGAACGAGGGAACCGACAGCACCGCCACCUCUGUACAUGUGCCCUUAACUGCCCCAAAGAAACCAAGCACUACUUCCGGAAAUAACCCCAAAGCAAAGGCCCGGGCAGCCUUCUCGGAGAGUCAGAUGAAUGCUCUUGUCCAGCGCUUUAGUGUGCAGAGGUAUCUCACCCCAGCUGAAAUGAAGAACCUGGCGGAAAUGACGGGGCUGACUUACAAACAGAUCAAGACCUGGUUCCAGAACCGAAGGAUGAAGCUAAGGAGGCACCAGAAAGACACGAGCUGGGUGUCUGAGCGCUACACCACCAACAAAGACAGCCCAGUUCGUGGAACAGUCUUCACAAAUAUUCCCUCGCAUAUCCCACCUUAUCAGGGAGAAGCCCGGCCCCAGCUCAAGGAGCAUUACAACCAGCACAUGAUGGAGUCAGCCUUCAAGAAGACCGCUCCACAGAACCUGGCCUUCUACCUGGCUGCUAUGGGCUCUGCUGCUGGAUCUGCUGGAUAUCCCUCCUGGUCCUCUGGUCCGCCCCAGACCGCAGUCCCCACGAGGCCCCAGGCGGCUGGCUGGUCCAUGCCCCCAGGCAUCGGCCAUUAUGAAUACAACCCCGGUGCAUUCAACUCGGCCAACGUUGCCUCUGCAAAUAACACCGGGCACGACACGAGCUUUGAAAGCAAAGAUGUGGAGUCUGUGAACAGCCGCGGCUCCUUAAACACAGCCAUAGUGCAUAACGCCAGCCAGUAGUCUAUGUUGGAGCUGACAAGCGUUUCUGUAAAUGUGACCCAUAAGCCAUGUUAAUAUUCUUCUAUUCAAGUUUCCUGACUGUAGUUUGUAAUUAACUUGGGGUGCUUUUUGUCAGGCUGGGUGUACAUAUGCUUUGUUCAUUUCUUCUGUUCAAAAGUAUUUUACCUUUUUAUCUCAGUUUUAUUUUUAUAUGCAACUAUUUAAUGUAUGUUGGUGUGUUCUUUGCGCUUGGUGAUACUAGAUGUGUCCAAGUUGGAUUCAUUCUUGGGAUUACAUUGUUUUUUGGAACUGUUUUAAGGCAAAGUGCUGAUACAGAUCUAAUGUGCACACAUUUCAAUGAGUUUUUUUUUUUUUCUAUAAAUACAGGUUCACUUUGGCAACUUGAAA